CUUCUUAAACCGCGGAGAGCAGCGAGCUGCAGGAGUGAGCUGGAGGGGACUUCCCGCAAAGCUUCUCUCUCCGGGCCAGACCCGUGGCGCGCACGCUGCAGCUCCGCUGGACCCCAGCACCGGGAGGCGCUCAUCCCGCAGUAAUGGAGAAAACUUGUACAGUUAUGCUUCCUCUUACAAUGAAUUCUUCAGAAAAGCCACAGACUGUCUGCAUUUUUGGAACAGGAGAUUUUGGAAGAUCACUUGGAUUUAAAAUGUUCCAGUGUGGUUAUUCUGUUAUAUUUGGAAGUCGAAACUCCAGGAUGUCCAGCCUGCUGCACAGUGGUGCCGAGGUCUUCAGCUAUUCAGAAGCUGCCCAGAAGUCUGACAUCAUAUUUAUUGCAAUCCACAGAGAGCAUUAUGAAUUUCUCAGAGAACUAACUGAGGAUCUCAACGGGAAAAUAUUGGUAGAUGUCAGCAACAACCCCAAAAUUAAUCAGUAUCCAGAAUCUAAUGCAGAAUACCUUGCUCAGUUGGUGCAGGGAGCUUAUGUGGUAAAAGCAUUUAACACCAUUUCAGCCUGGGCUCUCCAGUCAGGAGCACUGGAUGCAAGUCGGCAGGUGUUUGUCUGUGGAAAUGACAGCAAAGCCAAACAAAGAGUGAUGGACAUUGUUUGUGCUCUUGGACUUACCCCGUUGGAUCGAGGAUCUCUCAAGGCAGCCACCGAAAUUGAAAACUACCCCCUGCAACUAUUUCCCAUGUGGAGGUUCCCCUUCUAUUUGUCUGCUGCACUCUGUCUCUUCUUCUUUAUCUACUGUGUUGUAAGAGACAUAAUCUACCCCUAUGUGAUUGAGAACAAAGACAGCACAUUUCGCUUGGCUGUAUCCAUUCCGAAUCGUGUCUUCCCUAUAACAGCACUUACCCUGCUUGCCUUGGUUUACCUUCCUGGCGUCAUUGCCGCCAUCCUGCAGCUGUACCAAGGUACCAAAUACCGACGAUUCCCAGACUGGCUCGACCACUGGAUGCUUUGCAGAAAGCAGCUUGGCUUGGUGGCUCUGGGGUUCGCCUUCCUUCACGCCAUCUACACGCUUGUGAUUCCUAUUCGUUAUUAUGUACGAUGGAGGAUGAGAAACACAACCCUUACUAAGGUGAUCACCAAGGAAGAUGAUCCAUUUUUUACCUCUACAGCCUGGCAUAGUGAUUCAUAUUUGUCUGUGGGAAUCCUUGGAUUUUUUCUGUUUGUGCUCUUGGGAAUCACUUCCUUGCCAUCAGUUAGCAACAUGAUGAACUGGAGAGAGUUCCGGUUUAUCCAGUCCAAACUGGGUUAUUUGACCCUGAUCUUAUGCACAGCCCACGCCCUACUCUAUGGCGGGAAGAGGUUCCUCAGCCCUUCAAUUCUAAGAUGGUACCUUCCUUCAGCCUAUGUUUUAGCACUUAUCAUUCCCUGCACAGUGCUGGUGAUCAAGUUUAUCCUCAUCAUGCCGUGCAUCAACAAUCCCCUUAAGCGGAUCCGCCGGGGCUGGGAAAGGGAUUCAAAAUCCUCAGAAUCAGCACUGAAUGGAAAAUCAGAUAUUUAAAGGAAAGUUGAAUUUACCUGGACUUUUGAAGCAUAGUAUUGAAUGUUUAGAGAAGAAUAAUGGAUACAGAAAUGGGUAAGACAGCUCUUUUUCUCUCACCAUGGCCUGAAGUUUAUCAACACGGACAGAAACUUUGCUAACUAAUAAAAUGACAGAUUGGAAGAGAACACCAUUCUUUCUCAAGUUAGUGAUGGGAUCAGAGCAGGUCCCCCCCUCCUCCUCCUCCGAGGCCAUGGGGCUGCCAACAGAAUAGUUUUGUGGUUUCACAUUAAGAAGUUUCUUUGCUGUAGGCAACAUUCAUGAUCUUAUCUUGCAAAAUCCAGAAAAGUACAUACAACUUCCUCCUUACAUUCAAGCACUGAGUUACAUGAAAGAGAAAGUAGCACCACAGUGGCCACAGAUAAAGGCUUUGCACAAUAUGUCUGAAGAAUAGGCUCAAAUGGAGUAAAAAGAAUGAAAUUUUUUGUUUCCUUUUUGGAAGUAAAAUGGUGACCAUAAAUAUGCCAUAGUGUAUUUUGGUUUUGUUGUUUUGUUUUACAAUGCUAUGGCCAAUCCAGCACCUUGAACAUGUUAGGCAAGCACCGUACCACUGAGCUACACCUCCAACCCUGUCACAGUGAAAUCCAUGUUUAAGUGUAUCCCUUUAUUUUGUUUUUAACAGUACAUAUAUCUACCAUGGAAAACUAUUUUGGAACGCAACAAAAGUAUUGCAUUUGAUUGGAAGUAACCAUGCCUUGGAUAUAUACAAAUCUAUAUAAUUAUUUUAGUCAGGGUUAUUUUUUUUUUUUUUGCCUCUGUGUCCAAAAGACCUGAAAAAAACAAUUUUAGUGGAGGAAAAGUUUAUUUUGGAAC